AUGAAACGGCUCUCUGCAACAUCAGAUUUGCCUGCUGUAGCAAAUGAUUUCGACAAGACCUUACCUUCCACGUUGCAGUCCUUAAUUGCUGAAGCCCAAGCAAUUGCUGAUGAAAGACGAAAUCGAAAUCAAUUUAAUUCUAUUGCAUCCCAACAGUCAAAUCUAAAGUCGUCAGUUAAACCAGUUAUAGAUGGAUCUGUACUCCGAAAUGACUCAAAACAAAAAAUGGCAAAGGAACGCAGGGAGGAGAAGAGAAGACAAGAAGAUGUCAACAAAGAAUCCCAACUACGUGAAAAAGAACGAAAAGCCAAACUCCAGUACGAAAAGCAGAUAGAAGAGAGACACCGCAAAAUGAAAGAACAAAAAGACAAAGAUGAGUAUAGGAAGAUAUCUGCGGAAGAAAAAAGGAGGCAGAGGUUGGCAGAAGAGCAGGCAAAAUUUAAAGCUGUCGUUCAUCGUACUUUGGAGCGGAGUAGUCGUGUUGGCCGACAACAAAAGAGGUGGUCAUGGGAGACCUCCUUUCCCCUGGAUUAUGACAGCAAAUUGGGCAGCAGUACCCCUGUGUUCCGAUAUGUACACGUGCCUUUACGCAGAUAUAGCAUGGAAGAAUGGAAGUCCACCUCCUUGCUUCCUACUACAGAAGUGAAGACCCCUUCUCAAACCGCAUUGGAAGCAACUACACAGAAAAAAGAAGAAACACGCCCCCAGGAGAGUGUGGAGGCUAGCUCCUCCGAGGCGCCCCCUGAGAGCAGCGCUGAGGUGCCCCUCGAGGAUGCCCCAGAGAUGUCCCCUGAAGCCGUGAAAGAAGCAUUUCGCAAGGCGAAUAAGGGAGCACCACCCCAGGUGACUGUGGAAAUGCUGUCCAGGGCAAGAGGGGAUGCGCCUCCCAAAGUGAGAGUGGACGCUCCAGCACCUACAGAGGUGCGUGUGCAGCAGCCCCUGAGACGAAUGUGGAAGUACUUCCCAAAGGGCGUGUUUAGGAAAAGAAAAGCCAGCUGCCGUAAAGCAAUUGCUGAUCCUGUCUUUUCUUACUGCCCUGAUCUCUCUUCAGCAUCCAGCAAGACCCAUACAGUCCUUGUGUCCUCUUGGCAAGAAGCGCCCAUCAUCGCUGGCACCGUGUCCGAGAUGGCCGUCCUCCGCACCUGGCUGGCAUCUCCCAUUCUCUCAGUACACCAAAAUUCUCAGGUCAAUAAAAUGACACCUGACCAACGUGCUCAGUUUUCACAAAAUGUAUUACCCUCUUUGCCAAAGAAAAGAGAAACUUCGAAAACUACAAGAAAGUCUGAGGCUGUGAGCAAAAAGCGUGUGGUCUUUCAAGAGUCUGAUAGUAAAAGCACAUCAGAAACUAUGAAUGCCGAGGAGGCCACAAAAAUUUUAACAGAAAAACAUCAUCUUGCUCAUGAACAAAAAGUCAGAGAUGAAGAAGAAAGACUACAAAAAGAAAUGGAACCAAGCACUGCUACAAAAGUGAAAGACUUAACAAAGAAAGCAGCUAAAGAUCAACCCCAAGAAGUCUCCAAAUUUGAUGAUGAAAACCUACAAAAGGAGAUUGGAAACAAGAAAGGAAGUCAGAAAGAUUCAGAGACCCUGCCACAGGAAGAGGUUACCAGAGUAAUAGCUCCAGAAGAAGCUGGCAAUUGCAAAAAGGAGCACGAGAGAAUUAUGUUGCAAAAUUUACAAGAAAGAUUAGAAAGAAAAAAGAGAAUUGAGGAAAUAAUGAAGCGGACACGAAAAACAGAUGCAAGUGCCCCAAAGACUGCAGAAACAUCCGGCAAUGAAACGUGCAAGGAGGAUGAGGCUGAUGAUGAAGACACAACAGCGAGCGGCAGUGACAAGGAUUCUUCAGAUUCGCUGUUCUCACCAGGUCGAGAUUUCAGAAAACUGAAGACAAUACCUCGAAGGCUGGUGUUUUUGAAAGACAGCUCAGAACCGAUCUAUAAAGAGACAAACAUAUAUUUUAAUGCCGAUAUCAGCAGUGUCAUGCCAACAAACAAGAAAGACCACUUAGCUCAUGGAAAAAGCUGCAGAUUGUCUGAAAAGACACUGACCUGCAAGCUGCACGGGAACAACGCAGCUGCCAAGAAGCUCGGUGAUGGUGUGGGAGAGCAUGACAGCUACAAAGUGUGCUCCACUUCUCUAAGUGCAACUCACGCAGGGGGGGUCGCUGAAGAACCAUCCACCAAAAGAGCAUCCACAUGUAAACCCAGAACCAAGAAAGCAAAUGAAACCAAGAGCACCUCCAAAUAUACUCCAUGUCUUGAACCUAACCAAGAGAUGGCUGGCAACACUGUUGCUGCCCCAGCUCAUGAUGGCAUAUCUGAAUCAGCCAUCACAGAUAUCCCUUCUGGGAGCCACGCACAAAACUUUAUGGGUUCCACAGCAUUGCUCCAAAAUCCUGAAAUACCUUCUGACAACAAGAAGAAAACAAAUCCUGAUCCUUCAGGUAGUUCUGCUAAGGCCACCUUUCAUCUUCACCUUACUUGA